AGAAGUCGUGGGAACGGAAUUCUGACCUCAAUCGCCGGCGAGCACCUGCACCACCACUUUUAUAUAUAUAACAAUGGCGGACACGACUCCUCGCCAACGGAACACUUCAUUCGAUGCAUUUACAGCCGACGCGAGUGCUGCAGUGCUGCCGCUGUGUGUCGUUGUCGUCGUCGUCUCAACUUCCAUAAAUCUGCAGAUAAUCAACACACCUUGCAAUGAACCAGUUCGACACAGACUCGUUCCGAAUCGAUGUAUCGGAGGUCAGUGGAAGCUUGGGGUCUUCCUUCCACCGCACCGAUUCGGCGGCGAGCUCUGACGAGCAGACGGCGUCGCAGUGGGCGGCCAUUGAUAGGUUGCCGACAUUGGAGCGGCUGAGAACUUCUUUGUUUGAUGAAAACGGCGGCGAUGAUGAAGAAAUGGAAAAACCUAAAGGGAAAAAGGUGUUCGAUGUUACCAAACUUGAUUCCUCUGAGAAGCAUAUGUUCAUCGAGAAGCUCAUCAAGCACAUUGAGCACGACAAUCUCAAACUGCUGCGCAACAUGAGGAGACGAAUAGAUAAAGUUGGAGUUGAGCUGCCAACAAUAGAGAUUAGGUAUUCGAAUCUGCGUGUGGAAGCCGAGUGCGAGGUCGUUUACGGGAAGCCUCUCCCGACCCUUUGGAACUCUCUCAAAAGCUUGAUUUCGAAUAUCACGAGAUUGCCGGGGCUGCCACGGAAGGAGACUCACAUCAGCAUUAUUAAUGAUGUGAAUGGUAUCAUCAAGCCAGGAAGACUUACUUUACUACUUGGCCCCCCUGGGUGUGGGAAGACUACACUGUUGAAAGCUCUAUCUGGGAAUUUAGACAAAUCACUCAAGGUUUCUGGAGAGAUCUCAUACAAUGGAUAUUCACUUGAUGAGUUUGUGCCUCAAAAAACUUCGGCUUAUAUAAGCCAAUAUGAUCUACAUAUACCUGAAAUGACUGUCCGAGAAACACUAGAUUUUGCUUCUCUUUGUCAGGGUAUUGGCGGCAGAGCAGAAAUUAUGGCUGAGGUCAUCAGGAGGGAGAAAGAAGCUCAAAUUGUUCCGGAUGCCGAUAUAGAUGCUUACAUGAAGGCUAUUUCUGUGGAGGGACAAAAAACUACACUUCAGACAGACUACAUACUGAAAAUUCUUGGACUUGAUAUAUGCGCUGACACAGUGCUCGGAGAUGAGAUGAGAAGAGGUAUAUCUGGUGGUCAGAAGAAGAGACUGACAACAGGUGAGAUGAUUGUUGGGCCAACAAAAGCUUUGUUCAUGGAUGAAAUCUCAAACGGCCUAGACAGCUCAACUACGUAUCAAAUUAUUAGCUGCCUGCAGCAGAUGGCCCACAUCACAGAUUUUACCAUACUGGUUUCACUUCUCCAGCCUGCGCCAGAGACCUUUGAUCUGUUCGAUGAAAUCAUUCUGAUGGGAGAGGGAAAAGUUGUUUAUCAUGGACCUCGAUGCGAUGUUUUGGAGUUUUUUAGGAUUUGUGGAUUUAAUUGUCCUGAAAGGAAAGGAGUUGCUGAUUUUCUCCAGGAGGUUAUGUCAAGGAAAGAUCAAGAACAAUAUUGGCACGACACUGGGGCUCCGUACAGAUAUGUGUCUGUCGACAUGUUUUCCCGCAAAUAUAAGGAGUUUAAGCAUGGGGAAAAACUUAAUGCAGAUCUUUCUGUGCCAUUUGAUAAGUUGAAGGGACAUAAAAAUGCGAUCACCUUCGGAAGAUAUUCCCUUUCUAAGUGGGAUCUUUUUAGAUCAUGUAUGUCCCGGGAAUUCCUUCUCAUGAAAAGAAACUCUUUCAUUCACACAUUCAAAGCUACUCAGAUGGUCAUCACUGCAGCUGUGACAAUGACUGUUUUCCUACGAACACAAAUGCGUGUUGAUCUUCGACACGCCAAUUAUUACUUAGGUGCUAUGUUCUAUUCUAUUAUCAUUAUUAUCGCUGAUGGGUUGACAGAGAUCCUCCUGACAACUUCACGACUUCCGGGUUUCUACAAACAAAGGGACCUGUACUUUUAUCCUGCAUGGGCAUAUGCAAUUCCAGUUGCCAUUCUAAAGAUUCCUAUGUCAUUUUUAAAAGCUUUAGUAUGGACUGUUCUCACUUAUUAUACCAUCGGGUUUACCCCUGAGGUGGGGAGAUUUUUCCGUUGCAUGAUGCUAAUAUUUGGAGGACACCUGGCCUCAGUAUCAAUGUUCUAUUGUUUAGCAUCUUUCUUCCAGACUGUGGCUGCAACAACAGCAGCUGGUAUUUUGGCUGUGUUAAUCAAUAUAUUGUCCAGUGGCUUCCUGAUCCCAAUGCCAUCUAUGCCUGUCUGGUUAAAAUGGAUCUUUUGGGUUUCUCCAUUUUCGUACGUGGAGAUAGGACUUUCAACUAAUGAGUUCCUUGCUCCAAGAUGGCAAAAGGAGCUCCCUGGGAAUACAACAGUGGGGCAUCAAACACUUGAAAGCCGAGGUCUAAACUACGGUCCAAAUUUUUUCUGGUUAUCACUCAGUGCACUGCUUGGUUUUGUUGUUGUCUUCAACAUUGGGUUUACACUAGCUUUAACUUUCUUGAAGACUGCUCGUUCUCGUGCUAUCAUUUCAUCUGAACAGCUUUCUAAGCUAUUAGGAAGUGUAGAAUCAGAAAGCAAUGCUAAAGCAGAGGAACCAUCCACACAUUCUCCUCCUAAAGAAACUUCUCAUAAAGGAAAAAUGGUUUUGCCCUUUGAACCUCUAAGUAUGGUGUUUCAAGAUAUACAGUACUUCAUCGACACUCCCAUGGCAACGAAGAAGCAUCAGAAAGGGCUUCAGCUUCUAUAUGAUAUCACGGGUGCAUUCAGGCCGGGUGUCCUUACAGCACUCAUGGGCGUCAGCGGAGCUGGAAAAACAACCCUUCUUGAUAUUCUUUCUGGCAGAAAAAAUAUUGGCAAUGUACAAGGAAAAAUAAACAUUGGAGGGUAUCCUAAAGUUCAAAGUACAUUUGCUAGAAUUUCAGGUUACUGCGAGCAAACCGACAUUCAUUCCCCCCAAAUUACCGUGGAGGAAUCUGUUAUCUUUUCUGCAUGGCUACGUCUGGAUCCACACAUCAAUGCAACGACAAAAUAUGAAUUUGUACGAGAAGUCCUUGAAACCAUCGAACUGGAUGGCAUAAAAGAUGCCUUAGUUGGCUUGCCUGGAGUUGAUGGUCUGUCAACUGAGCAACGGAAGCGACUGACAAUAGCUGUCGAACUUGUUGCUAACCCCUCAAUCAUCUUUAUGGAUGAGCCCACAACUGGACUGGAUGGUCGGGCAGCAGUAAUUGUCAUGCGCGCGGUAAAAAACAUUGCAACUACUGGCAGAACAAUCGUCUGUACCAUUCACCAGCCUAGCUUCGACAUUUUUGAAGCAUUUGAUGAGCUUUUACUUUUGAAAACUGGCGGCCGUAUGAUCUACUAUGGACCCUUAGGUUGGCGCUCGUCCGAAGUGAUCAAAUAUUUCGAGGGUAUCCCUGGUGUGCCAAAGAUUCGAGAUAAUUAUAAUCCAGCUACAUGGAUGUUGGAGGUCACUUCCCCAUCCUCAGAAGCCAUGCUCGGGAUAGACUUUGCCGAGAUUUACAAAAACUCUACUUUGCAGCAGACUAACAAAGAACUCAUCCGAAAACUAAGCAUUGCGCCGCCUGGUUCGAAGGACUUGAAUUUUGCAACCCGUUACGCGCAAAGCGGCUGGGGACAGUUCAAAAGCUGCCUAUGGAAGCAGCAUUGGUCGUAUUGGCGAAGCCCCUCGUACAACUUGAUGCGCUUGACUCUUUUCCUCUUUGCAGCGUUCUUCUACGCCUUUCUGUUUAGGGAUCAAGGCAAGAAAAUUCAUAAUCAGCAGAGUCUAUUCACUGUGUUGGGCUCGAUGUACAACACGACCAUCUACUGUGGCUUCAUCAAUGCUUCUUCGAUUAUGCCGUAUGUCAGCAAAGAACGAACCGUUGUCUAUAGAGAAAGGUUCGCUGGGAUGUACGCUUCGUGGGCUUAUUCAAUCGCACAGGUGGUAAUCGAGAUUCCAUACCUCUUGGCACAAGCUUUGACAUUCACGGCGAUUACCUAUCCGAUGAUCGGAUACCACAGGUCUGCGGACAAGGUGUUUUGGUACUUGUACACCGUGUUCUGCACACUCUCCUACUUCACUUACGCCGGGAUGAUGCUGAUCUCCAUCACCCCGAGCUUGCCAAUGGCCGCCAUUUUGAGACACGCUUUCAUUACGACAGUCAACCUAUUUGCGGGAUUCUUGAUUCCUCAUCCGCAAAUCCCGGCGUGGUGGAUAUGGUUAUAUUAUCUUGCGCCGACUUCGUGGUCGUUGAACGGGCUGCUCACUUCGCAGUAUGGUGACGUGGAGACAGAGAUCGAAGUGUUUGGAGAGACGAAGACAGUGGCGGCGUUCUUGAACGAUUACUUCGGGUAUGGCUAUGACCGUCUGCCUCUCGUUGCUGUUAUGCUGAUUCUGUACCCGAUUAUCUUCGCCUCUGUGUUUGCUUAUUGCAUCGGGAAGUUUAACUUUCAAAGCAGGUGAACACUUUCAUCGGCUCCCUAACUGGCAUUACGACGACGAAGUUGCAGUUGUCGAGCUCUCGAUUAUUUCUUCGGCAUUUUUCUAUGGAACAACUAAUUAAGAAACAAAAGAGUUCGGUAAUUCUGCAACUUCAGGCUUUGUUUACUAAACACACUUUUAUUCAUUUCGCAUUAUUAAUUUUAGAAAAA